GCGCCCCCAACCAUAACACAUGGCGUCGCGUUCCCCUCCUAACCGCCGCCGUGUCUGCCCGUCGUCUCCAUGGCCACCCUCGCGACACGCCCUGACCUCCUCCUCGUCGCUCUGAAACGGUCUCGCCCUAGAACGCUUCGCACCCGUGCCGCCGCCGCCGCCCCACGUGUCUGCCGCACUCCCUUGCCACUGAAGGCCGCGCGGCCGCGGCGCGUCUUCCUCGGCCUCGGCGUUGCCUUCGUCGACCAGCUCGCACGUAUGGCCUCCGGCGGCGUCCCGUCCCGCUCGUUCGUGGCCGCGGCGUGGCCAAAGCAGGGGGUUUCUCCGGUCGAACAGAUAUUGAAGAAUGUGGAGUGGCCAGACGAGUUCCCUUUCAAGCCCGAGGACUUCAGCCGCUUCGACGAGUCAUCAGAUACUCUGUUCUACUCUGCUCCCCGUUUUGUCACGCACAUUGAUGACCAAGCAAUCAGGGCUCUCACGAAAUACUACUCGCAAGUUCUUCCUCCAAGCAACACUCCAGCCGUGGCCAUCCUGGACAUGUGCAGUAGCUGGGUGAGCCAUUAUCCACCCGGGUACAAGCAAGAGAAGGUUGUAGGGAUGGGUAUGAAUGAAGACGAGCUGAAAAAGAAUACGGUUUUGACAGAAUAUGUUGUGCAAGACCUCAAUCUGAAUCCAAAGCUUCCUUUUGAUGACAACACUUUUGAUGUUAUAACCAACGUGGUUAGUGUAGACUACUUGACAAAACCAAUGGAUAUUUUCAAGGAGAUGCGACGGGUACUUAAACCAUCUGGGUUAGCUAUCAUGAGUUUUUCGAAUCGCUGCUUUUGGACCAAAGCUAUAUCUAUUUGGACAUCAACUGGCGAUGCUGAUCAUGCUUGGAUAGUUGGUGCUUAUUUCCAUUACGCUGGAGGUUUUGAGCCCCCCAAGGCUGUUGAUAUAUCCCCAAAUCCAGGACAAACAGAUCCGAUGUAUAUUGUCUUCUCCAGAAAGCAAAUAGCUUAAAUAAAUAUAUUUUUGUACUGAGAUUUGCAUAGUUGAUUAGGUGAAAAAUUUAUACUUCUUACUUGACAGCCAAAAUACGCUUUACAUUCGUAACGGCGGGAGAAAAAUAUAUUGUCUCUGCACAGGUUGGGAAGAA